GAGCAAAGUACAAAGACGUUAGUCAGGUCUUGGGUCUAUUGACUAACGAUAUUUCUACACGGAUCGAGGCCUUGACCGGAAGAUGACCUGAUUGUGCCAAAGGAGCAGACACCUGCCAUGGAUGUCGAAGAACUCACCAUCAAGAUCCUGCUGCUGGGAGACGAGAAGGUUGGAAAGUCAACCUUCUUAUCUCGCAUAAGUGGGGGAGCCGGCGCGCUCGACGGGAAAGCAAACAUCACGCUGCUGCGCGACAUUGACCAGCCAUUCGUAUUCGAGGUGCGGAACAGGAAAUGCAGGUACCGCCUUGAGUUCUACGACACGGCAAGCCCAGACAAUUGGCGCCUCCUACUACCGGAUCUCGUCCUCAUCUGCUUCGACAUCAGCCAGAGACUAAGUCUGAUCAACAUGCAGAGAAUCUGGAUCAAUGAAGUUCACCGCACGUUUGAGACGAGCGACCGCCUCCCGCUCGUCGUCGUGGGCCUCAAGAGAGACCUCAGAUCCGACGAUGACCCAAAUGGCGUCAUCUACCCGCAGGAGGCGUAUCGGAUAUCGCAGGAGAUGAGGGUAGACCGGUAUGUUGAGUGCUCGGCGGUGACGGGUGAGCUUUUGCAGCUCGCCUUUGAGGAGAUUUGCAAUGCGGCGGUCAAGACCACCACCGCCAGAGGCGGCCAGAGCGAAGGGGGUUGCGUCGCCAUGUAGCGGCAGUCCGCUUGGCCGUAGGUGCCCAUGCUAUCAUUAGCUUGUCGUGUGGCAGAUAUACGAUUGCCGUCUGUCCG